UGAAUAGUGUCAUAAUCACACGAGUCACACUGGGAAGUGUCUUAAGUAGAAGACUUAGACAGUAAGUAACCUUUUUUGGAAACUUACGUAUAUAAAUUGAAACUAGAGACAAAAAUAACUCGAGAAAGUUUAAUAAAUGAGUGUUUAAAAAGUAUUAUUUAGAAAUAUAUAUUUUAUUUAAUAGCCAAAAUAUGCAGAACCCUAAUGAAGACACUGAGUGGAAUGAUAUUCUACGAUCGAAAGGUAUCAUUCCACAAAAAGAAAAAGAAGUCACUGAAGACCAAAUUGUGUCUAUGUUAGAGGAAACAAUUGAAAAAAAAACUUCAGAUGGAAAAAAAUUGUCUGAACUAGAUUUGGACGAGCUAGAUGAAUUAGAGGAUUCAGAAGAUGAAGCAGUGCUAUUGGAAUAUAGAAAUAAAAGAAUAGCAGAACUAAAAGCAUUAGCAGAAAGACAAAAAUUUGGUUUUGUUGGUGAGAUUUCUGCUCAAGAUUAUAUAAAUGAAGUUAAUAAAGCCGGUGAAGGAAUAUGGGUAGUUCUGCAUUUAUAUAAGCAAGGUAUACCAUUAUGUGCAUUGAUUAAUGAGUAUAUGAAAUGUUUAGCAGCCAAGUAUCCUACGGUUAAAUUUUUAAAAUCGAUUUCAACGACUUGUAUACCUAAUUAUCCUGAUAAAAAUCUACCAACAGUGUUUGUAUACUUCGAAGGAGAUAUGAAGAAGCAGUUGGCAGGGCCGCUGGAAUUUAGAGGACCCAAUCUCACACAAGAUGAAUUUGAAUAUAUUAUUGGUAAAACUGGAGCUAUUGAAACUAAUAUAAAAGAAGAUCCGAGACCGAAGGUGAAAGAUAAAUUGUUUUCUGAUCUCGCAGAAACAAAUGAUUGGUGAUUGAUUAGGAAUAAAUUUUUUGAAAAUCUUGAUUUUUUCGUGUAGUAACAGGUUUUCCCAAAAUUAUUCGAAUUUUUUAUCGAUUUUUCAGUCAAUAUUGUAUUUAUCUAAAAUCAUCAAUAUUGUUGAAUAUUUCGGACAAAUUUUAUAGCAUUUUUUCAAUUUUCUUCAGGUUUAUUUAAGUGUUUUCUCAUUUUUCUGAAAAUUUUAUAUUCUCUCUCGCACACCCCUGGUUUUAUCUUAAAUUUUCAAAGGGUUUAACCGAUUUUUCUAUUUCUUUCAAACUAAAAUUUUUUUACCUUUUUUUUCGAUUUUUCGGAAAAUUUGUUCCAAUUUUUCAAGUUUAUUCUACAUUCAAAGGUUCAGUUUUUCUAAUUUUCUCACAUUUUUGCAAUAUUUUCCAAGCUUACAAAUCUUUCGGUUCCUCUUUUUGGAAUUUCCGAACAUUUCUUGGAUUUUUCAGGAAAUUCCAGCCACUUUUCCGAGUUUUAGACUAGAUUUUUUAGUCUCUCAAAUUUAUUGGAGUUUCCUAAAACUUAUUUUUCAAUUUUUUAGGAAAUUUCUUUUAUUUUUUCGAAUUUCUUAAGCUUUUUCAACAUUCAAAAGUUCAGUUCCACAAAUUUUCUCGCAAUUCUGCUUUUUUUUGGAAGCCUACAGAUUUUUCGUUGCAUUUGUGAAUUUUUUUUCGAAUACUCAAAACUCUUGAUUUUCACAUUUUUCCACACAUUAGAUUUUCCGCAUUUCCCAGAUUUUUUCAUAUUCAAGUUUCUCUUUUUUCCUCGUACAAUACUAGUCACAAAUAUUUCAUUGUUUUUCAUUUUUUUCUUGAAUCUAUAAGAAUUUUCAAAAAUGUCUCAAUUUUCAAUAGUUUCUUCAUAUUUUUUAAUAGUUUGUUAGUUUUUCAAGCUUUCUCGCAUUUUAGAAUGAUUUGGCACGUUUAAAUUUACUUCGAAUUCCAUUUUGACAGAUAUUUUUCGAUUUUUAUCAUUAAGUACAAAAUAAAACUCUAGUUAAUUACAAAACGAUCAUCAAUAAUGUAUUACAAUUAUCUUUAAAUAAUUUAUUCAAAUAUAUAUUAUUUGAGUGUACACCAAGAAAAAUAUUUUCUUAGCGGUAUUUUGAUCAUAAAAAGGUUGAUAAAUUGUCAUUUUAAAUGUUUGGUGGGGGGUAAUUCAAAUCAAUAAUAAAAGAUAUGACUCCAAUAUACUGUUUUUUAUAUAUAUUUAAUAUGUAUUUGAAAUACUUACAUACAUACUUUUAUUAUAAAAUAAAGUUCUGUUGUCAA